CUGAAACCGGAUCUUGGUGUCAGAGCCGCCCCUGGGCCGGGCGGGCGCCUCAGCCAUGUCCCUGCGCAAGGAGCUGCUCAAGUCCAUCUGGUACGCCUUCACUGCGCUGGAUGUGGAGAAGAGUGGGAAGGUCUCCAAGUCCCAGCUCAAGGUGCUGUCCCACAACCUGUACACGGUCCUGCACAUCCCGCACGACCCCGUGGCCCUGGAGGAGCACUUCCGAGAUGACGAUGACGGCCCAGUGUCCAGCCAGGGCUAUAUGCCCUACCUCAACAAGUACAUCCUGGACAAGGUGGAGGAGGGGGCUUUCGUUAAAGAGAACUUCGAUGAGCUGUGCUGGACGCUGACAGCCAAGAAGAACUACCGAGCAGAUAGCAACGGGAACAGCGUGCUCUCCAGUCAGGAUGCCUUCCGCCUCUGGUGCCUCUUCAACUUCCUGUCUGAGGACAAGUACCCACUGAUCAUGGUUCCUGAUGAGGUGGAAUACCUGGUGAAGAAGGUGCUCAGCAGCAUGAGCCUGGAGCUGGGCUUGGGCGAGCUCGAGGAGCUGCUGGCCCAGGAGGCCCAGGCGGCCCAGGCCACCGGGGGGCUCAGCGUUUGGCAGUUCCUGGAGCUCUUCAACUCGGGCCGCUGUCUGAGGGGCGUAGGGCAGGACACCCUCAGCAUGGCCAUCCACGAGGUCUACCAGGAGCUCAUCCAGGACGUCCUGAAGCAGGGCUACCUGUGGAAGCGAGGACAGCUGAGGAGGAACUGGACCGAGCGCUGGUUCCAGCUGCAGCCCAGCUGCCUGUGCUACUUUGGGAGCGAGGAGUGCAAGGAGAAGAGAGGCACCAUCCCGCUGGACGCACAGUGCUGUGUGGAGGUGCUGCCGGACCGCGACGGGAGACCUGGCUCCGCGUCCCCCACCGUCCCACAGGCCCGGGCCACCAUGCAGGCUGAGAUGGAGCUGAAGAAGGAGGAGGCGGCCCGGCAGCGGCAGCGCAUCCAGGAGCUGGAGGAGAUGCAGGGACGGCUGCAGGAGGCCCUGCAGCUGGAGGUCAAGGCUCGGCGGGACGAGGAGGCCGUGCGCCUCGCACAGGCCAGGCUGCUGGAGGAGGAGGAGGAGAAGCUGAAGCAGCUGAUGCAGCUGAAGGAGGAGCAGGAGCGCUACAUCGAGCGCGCGCAGCAGGAGAAGCAGGAGCUGCAGCAGGAGAUGGCGCUGCAGAGCCGCUCCCUGCAGCGCGCCCAGCUGCAGCUGGAGGAGGUGCGGCAGAACCGGCAGAGGGCGGACGAGGACGUGGAGGCUGCCCAGCGGAAGCUGCGCCAGGCCAGCACCAAUGUGAAACACUGGAACGUCCAGAUGAACAGGCUCAUGCAUCCGAUCGAGCCUGGAGAUAAGCGCCCGGUCACCAGCAGCUCCUUCUCAGGCUUCCAACCCCCGGUGCUUGCCCGCCGCGACUCCUCCCUGAAGCGCCUGACCCGAUGGGGAUCCCAGAGAAAUCGGACCUCCUCACCUAACAGGAGUGAGCAGCAGAAGCCCCUCAAUGGUGGGGACAAGACUCCCGCCCCAGCUUCACCCUCUCUGGAAGAAAAACUGGAUCCAGCACCAGAAAAUUAGCCUUCCUCACCCCUUGUUCCUACCAAUGUCACGUCUACCGGGGCCUGGCCACAGCUGGCCUGUGGGUGACACUGGCCCCUGCUAGGAGAGGGCUGUGAGGUCGGGUGCCAGGAGCCCGGCCCUCCCACCGGAAGACACCGCGCUGGGACCGGGUGGGCUUCCCAUCGCCCCAGGCCCAGACCGCGGGGCUGUCCGGGAUGCUGACGCCUCAGAGCUUGGCCUCGAGGACCCAAUGACCUGGGCAGGGACAGAACGGACAGACAAGACAAGGGCCAUCUGCCCCCGGCUGCCACCAAGCUAUGGAGGCAUUUUUCUAAAUAAAAACCACUCUGGGAAAGAAUGACCGGCUCAGGUCUGUCCACAUCUCAGCCACUUCUCCCUCCUUCCCUGGAGUCUGGCAGUGGUUCGGAUUUGGACUCUGGAACUGUGCUGCCUGGGUUCUGAACCUAGCUCUGCCGCCCGGGGACCGAGGAUGACUUUGUCCGGCCUCCCUCACAUCUCUGUACUGUAGAUUCCACGCUGGUGAAGUGGAGAUAAUUGUGCCUGCUUUAGAGGCCGUGUGAGGACUGCGUGCUUAGCACGAGAACUAGGGUUAGUAUCCGCCACUGUGUUUAUUGAGCAUCUGCUCUCUGCCUGGUGAUUUCUUUGGUUAUUUAAUUCUCCACAACCCCCAGGGCUGGAUUCUCACUGCUGUCAUUUUGCAACUGGACAAUUAAGGCUCAGGGAGAUCAGGCACCCUUCCCAAACUUGCUUUUCUUCUCCUGUUCUCUGACUCACUGACCUUAUUACCUCAGAUGAGAGAUCUGGUUAUCUGGAACUUAAAAAGAUUUUCUUUCUCUCUAAACCUAUCAUCAAAUCCAUUAGGUUGUCUCUCCUUUGUAUCCUCACAUCUGUCUUCUUUUCCAUACACUGGGCCAUGCUGUGGCUGAGGCCUUGGUAUCUUUCAUCUGGGUGUUGACCUUCGAGUCCUUCUCCACCUUGCCCAAUAUCUAAUAAAUCAAU